UUCUCUCCCUCCAGUCUCUCCUUUCAUAUAUCAAUACAUAUUUUGCGCGUAUUAUACUUAUAGUUGUCGUCGUCGUCGUUGUUAUCUUCAUCAUCGACAUAGCUUAAUUCACCAGCGUUAUUCAUCGUUCAGUGUUAUUCAGUUCCGCGGCGUGCGAAUUUUCAUGGGACUGCUGAGAUUCAAAUUCGAUUCGCUUUCAUCUUUUAUUCCAGCGACAAUAUAAUGUAAUAAAGAAAUCAUUAUAAUAUAUUAUAUAGUGGCCACUCGUACCUACGACGUUGACGACAGCGCACGCACCGACAAAACACUCAAUUUCGCUGCCGCCGUGGUCGCCUCAGCCGCGCGGACCCAACGAUUCCUAGACCGCCGUCACCACCACAGUGCGGACAUUGUGAUUAAUGUUCUCUGCAGCACUAUGACGAUAAAACUUUAUUAUUUGUAUGCCAUUCUAUGGCUAUCUGCUACGGUUGUUUGGCGACCAGUCUUAUCCGUUGGAACAAAAAAAUAUUCUGAAAUCGAAGCUUCUAAAUAUUUGGACAACGCUAAUCACGCAUUGACCGAAUGGACAAACCGAGUCAUACAUGCCAAUUGGAAUUGGUUAACAAACUUGACCAAUGAGAAUGCUGAAAAAAAGAUUGCCAUUAAUUUGGAAUUUAGCAAAUUCUUAAAGAAUAUGUGGGUAGAAACUGUGAAAUAUCCAUGGUCAACAUACAAAGAUCCGAAUAUCAAAAGGCAAUUCAAAUUAAUGUCAGUAUUAGGGACAGAUGCUUUACCCGAAGAUAAACUGAAAAAAUUAGAUGAAAUCGUUUCGGCCAUGGAAAGUUUAUACGGCAGAGCAACCAUUCCUGAGUAUGAUGGCGAUAACAAUUUAAAUCGAACUUUGAGUUUAGAACCAGAUAUAAACGACAUAUUGGAUAAAAGUACUGAUGUAAAUGAACUGAAGCAUGUAUGGGUACAAUGGCGAGAGGCUACGGGAAAAAAAAUUCGACCUAUGUAUGCGGAAUAUGUAAGACUAUCUAAUGAAGCGGCCAGAUUAAACAAUUACACGGAUAAUGCAGAAUUUUGGAUUCGAGGUUACGAUGUUGACGACUUUCGACCGCGAAUGGAAUAUUUAUGGAAUCAAAUCAAACCUCUAUACUUGCAGAUACACGCCUACGUGCGCAGAAAGCUUUGGGAGCUUUACGGUAGCUCAGUAAUCACAAGAAGAGGACCUAUUCCAGCACAUCUACUUGGUGAUAUGUGGGCGCAGUCGUGGGAACGCUUGGAUGAUUUUACUCGACCUUACCCUACUAUCGAUGAUGUAAAUCCUACUUCAGCCAUGAUAAAUCAGAACUACACUCCAAAAAAGAUGUUUAAAGUAGCUGAAGAGUUUUUCACAUCAUUGAACUUGAGCGCUAUGCCUCAAACUUUCUGGGAAAAAUCUAUUUUGGAGAAGCCAAAUGGUCGCGAUCUGGUAUGCCAUGCAUCCGCUUGGGACUUUUACGAUUCUAAUGACUUUAGAAUCAAACAAUGUACAUCGGUAAAUUUUAUGGAUUUUAUAACCGCCCAUCAUGAGAUGGGCCACAUCCAAUAUUUUCUACAGUAUAAAGACCAGCCGUUCAUAUACCGUGAUGGAGCUAACGAAGGUUUCCACGAAGCGAUCGGAGAUACAAUCGCUUUGUCUGUAUCAACACCAAAGCAUUUGCAUAAGAUUGGUCUGUUGCCUAAAACAAGUCGCACAUACGAAGCCGAUAUAAAUUAUCUGUACAAGAUUGGAUUGGACAAAGUAGUUUUUUUACCUUUUGGAUAUUUAAUGGAUCUAUGGAGGUGGAACGUGUUCAAAGGACUCACGACGGAAGAUCAAUACAACUGUGACUGGUGGAAACUCAAAUAUUCUUAUCAAGGAAUUGAGCCACCGGUGACCAGAACUGAAAAUGACUUUGACCCGGGAUCCAAGUACCACAUCGUUGGAAACGUGCCUUAUAUUAGAUACUUUGUGAGUUACAUAGUACAAUUUCAAUUCCAUCAAGCAUUGUGUGAAAAAGCUGACCAGUUUGAUUCCAAAAAUCCAACAAGCAAACCAUUACAUGAAUGUGACAUUUAUCAAAGCAAAAAUGCUGGAAACGCUUUCAAAGAUAUGUUGAAAUUAGGAUCGUCGAAACCGUGGUUUGAUGCUAUGGAACUACUAACUGGUCAAAGGGAAAUGGACGCUGGACCAUUAUUGAAUUAUUUUAAUCCUCUAUACGAAUGGCUUAAAAAUGAAAAUAAAAGAACUGGAGAACAUCUUGGCUGGGAAACAGAUAAACAAAUUUGCUUUAAGAAGGAUGAAACAAGUCAACCUUCAUUUUGAUUUUACUCCUUUUAUUAGUGAUCAACAGUAUUAUAAUCAUUUAUUUAUUACAAUAAUUCAUUUAUGGAUUAUUCGAAACGAUAGUUGUAUUAGAUAUUUAUGUUUCAGUACAUUUGUAUGUGUACAUUACUAUUUAAUUAAUUUAUUAAUAUAUUAAGUUACCAAUUAAAUUUCAU